AUGGCAUCAGAAUCUCAGACUGCUCAUGCAUUAAAUAUAAUAAUAAUUAAUGGUUUUAUUGUUGCGACAAGUGUAGAUAGUUUGAGGGAGAAGCGUGGAAUGGCAUUGAAGCAGACUUUGUAUAUCGGAAAGAGUAAAUUGAUGUGA